UGCAGUGAUGGAGAAAAAUUGCAGGACAGUGACAUGUUUGUGGAGAAAAGGCACGAGGAAGAAUCCGGCUACAAUGAAAGAUGUGCAGGUUGCGUGUUGCCUUUUGAGAGAGUGACCAGUCGCACUUUUGCCUCUGUCCUGGACGUCUGCCAUCAGAAGUGCGAAAUGCACAAGGUCCUUCUGGAGGCGACAGCGCGCUUCAACGCCCCCCAACGCCGCUCUCUGGUGGAGGGAGAGCUGGAAAUGCUGGAACCGGCCCAGCUGAAACCAGAGAAGGAGUCUGUUGGGGCGCCACAGAGAACGCUCGCAAGCUGGAGGCUUCCGUGUUUGGAUUUAAAAA